CCUAUUUGUAAAUAAUAGGAAAGAAGUUUCUUCAACCUAUCGCCUAUGUUCUAAUAUAUCAGUCAGUAAUAAAAAUACUCGUAGUAACCAAAGCAAAAGUGCACAUCUGUGUGCAGGUGCAAUAUUUUCCCGGUAACCCCCGUGCAGACGAGCCGGAAUUGACAUUUUCACCGAAACUUUUUGCUCACCUGGCGCUAGCAGUGCUACCUCAUCAAUGCGGGCCGCAACGGACAUUUCAGGAGUGGAAAUCCCCCUAAUUAUCCGUGUUUUCCUGGCUCGUGUCAGUAAGAGUUGUAGUGCAUUCUACGCAGUACAUAAAUGUGUUUUCUUUUUAUUUUAGAAUACGCAGUUUACCCUAAUUCGAUCGAGUCCAGCUCGGCGAGCUGCUUCUCGGAGACAGCUUGUGUAGUGUUCUGUUUCCCUACGUCGACAGGGGGUGAGACGAGCUGACUUCUGCUAAGAUAUGGCUAUUGCUAUUCAUAUAGGCAGAGUACGAGAAACGCGACUAAACUCCGUCCGGUUCUCUACACUCAGCUUUGCAAUAAUCGUGUUGUACGCGACACUCCAGGUUUCGUGUGUACGGGCAUUUUUUCCGGCCGAUGAAACGCUGACCGGCAGCGUUGAGGGAGGCAAGUUCGCUCAGUAUUCGGUUAGUAAAGCGGGCCGAGUUACUAUUACUGUUGUACCAAAACAGGGAGACCCAGAUGUUUACGUUGGAGAAAAUGGCACGGAGCCGGAUUACGAUCUCGAUCGGCACUCAUACCAAAGUACAACGUGCGGAGUUGAACGUCUUGUUGUGCCUUCGUUCGCUGUAAGACCUAUCGGCAUCGGUAUAUAUGGGCAUCCUUCGCAUGAAUACUCCAUUUACGAGCUCAAUGUUCGAAUCGAUGAGGAGCUGGACCAGUACGAAGAUAUGAUUCAUGGCGACCAGAGUUUUGACUCAAUAGACGACGAAACAUACGGCAACGUUCACGAUGCUUCCGAAAGCCGAGACUACUACGGCGAUCGAGCUGCCGGCAGUGAACACUAUUCGCGAACGAAAGGUCGACGCAAAGCAUCUUCGUCGCGCAGCGGAUCAACAAGUACCAGCGAGAAAGGCGGCAACUCAAUAACUAGCGAUAGUGGUAAUUCUGGUGGGUCAGUGCCAGAUGACACCACCGACUGGGAAGACUGGGAAGAGUUCCCUCUCUACAAUAUUUUACUGACGUUGAUCCGGCUGUUUUGGGAGAUGCUCUUAACGUUAUGAUCGUACGUGUCCCUCGUACUUCUCUAUUCACAUCAAAUCAGCCUCAGCCUGCCAAACGAACUGCAGCUACAGAACUGAAUGAAAAACCCUCACGAGGUAGUGAUAUGAAUGGAGCCGGGGGAGACUGAUUGAAGUAAAUGAAGUGCCACUGCUGUAUUAACGAGGUGAUCUGGGAGAACGUCGCAGCAACACGAAUCAAGAAAAUGCACCGUUGCUUCACAACGGCUUGGUGCCACUGCCGACCGAACGGUGCAGCGUGGCUUAACGUAGACCUCCACCAAACGCGUCGUAUCGACACCGUUGUUGAACACAAAGCCGGGAAACACAUUGCAAGAGAGUUUCACUAUUGUAAAUAAAUUUUAUUAUGAAUUUAUCAAGCAAACAUCAAUAGAUAUUUAGUGGCAAUUUUGAACUCAAUAUUUAUUUUUAUGAUGGAGAUGGGAUUUAAGCGUUGUAGAAAUUAAAUCGAUUACUACAAAAAUUAGAGAAGAAUAUGCCACGGUUCUGGGAAGCAGUAAAUAAAAAUUGUAUAGGAUGUUAUUUAGAACGAUAGCAGGAGCCAAACAUUAACAAACUACAAUUUUCUGUGAAUAGACUGAAAUCAUAAGAAUAUUUCUUUAGAAUGCCGCAUUGCUGCACUGGUUUGUCCUAAGUGUAAGCAAGGAUCCAAAGAUACCAAUUUUAAUACAUUACAGCCCUAAAUAACCGUAGUUCAUCGCGCGGUAUGAGCAAACGGUGAUAAACACACACAGAAUUAUGACCGGCCAAUUACGCAUAUUCCUGAUUGUCGCUUUGAAUUGUCGCAUACAAGGCGGGCUAUUGUCGUUGAUCUUUGUUUCAGGGCAGCGUAAAAUUAACUUGGGCAAGUCGCGGCAAAAAAGCCGCGAUUUUUUUAUCAUUGUACGUUUUACCAUCUCAAUUUCGCUUUGAAAACCUUCUAUUAAUGUUAUUCACGAAGAAAUCCUAUUCAGUGUGAUCUCAGCUGAUCCCCAUUCUAUUUGAAAUUGGCGAUGUCACUUAACACAACUAAUUGUUUUUACGAAUGGUAAGAACAUCUGUUUAGAACUAUCUCAUUUAUGUUUGAACGUGGUGCUUGCGUAUACUGACGUGGACCACCACCUGACCUAUUCGGUCUGUAGAAACAAAAGCAUGUAAAAUAGAGGGGAUCCUGAACUAAGUAAAGAUAUGGAAAAUAUUUGCCAUUUUGAUGCAUCAAUCUGCAGUACUUAGCUUCUGCCCUGUCAAAGAUGACUUUAUCCUUUAAUAGCAGAUUCAAUCGAAAACAAUUUCGGACUUACAUGAAUCGACAUUACGGCGCGUCGAGUUACGUAAAUCAAAAGAUCCGAAAGUGAAUUAUAUACUAACACGCAGUUUUGGUAAUCUACAGUUUUCCCCAAAAACCGAAUAUAAGAAGAAUCAUAUAAGUUGAGGCCUCAUUUUGUUGACACAACGGCGUUACACUACAGUGCUGCAGAUAAGAAGGUCCAACCACCUAUUAUCCUAUUGUUAUUACCGCUGCCAAACAUUCAAACGAACAUGGGCGACAACACACAUAUGACCACAUCAGUGAAAUGCAAAAGAGUAGCGGCAGCAAUCGCAAACAGUAAUGCUGAUAGGAUUUAACAAUGAAUAAGAAGCCCGCCGGCAAGACAGACAAAAUGUAUAGACGACGGCCCGCUCAUUUUUACCUGAAUCACCUGCUUCGGGGCACAACGUUGUUCAAGCGUCCUACACGAGAAGACGACGACCGCCGUGUCACAUUACGCAACGCACGUUGAUACUGCGCACUUGUCUGUUGUUGCCAAAAACGUUGUCGCGCCACACAUUACGCCAAUCAUUGACGAGAAGUAACGAGAAACGACUAACUUGAAAUCGAUCGCAUUUCGAAUAUUUUUGAUAUAGUACAACUAGCACUAGUAAUGCUAUUUGAUAACGUUUGUUAUUGAUACGUUACCAUUACUAUUACAUAGUUAACCAUCAUGACCUCAGUUGGCCUUUACUUUGGUUGACAUAUCUAAUACACCCGGCUAUUACUAUAGAAAUACAUUUGUACUUUAAACAUGCUUUUAUUGCAUGGAUUAUUUUCACUGUGACCGUUAUCAUAUAAGAUAACGUCUAAGCAAUAACUGCAAGUCAGAAGUGGAAGUGACUCGAUCAUUUUACAAUUCGAGAUGCAAAUUUCAUACUGAUGGUAAGUGGGUAUUAUUUCAACCGACAGACACAGUAGCACACGAAGUAUAACACAAUACAUGAAAUCGCUGAUAAAUAUGGACUAGAUUUUUCCGUGCCAAGCUACAGGAGCAGAGAGUCUCCCUAUUCAAUUCGUCUUCGAGCAUUUAACAAUUCAUCGAGUCGUUCUUUAACCCUGAGCAGAACGAAACAACUGAUAAUAGAAACCUGAAUCGGUUUUAAGAAAGAGGAAAUGUUAAGACGUUGUUUAACGAACCCUAAUGAUUAUCACUGUGACUAACAUACUAACGUUGCUAUCGUACGUUAAAAAGUUGUUCAUUGUAAACUAUAUAAUACAGUCUAGUAUAUUCACUGAGGUCAGCAGGACAAGUAAGAUCGAAUGAGCAAUAGAGUAUUUUCCAGAUAGUUAGCAGAAAUGAAUUAAUUGUUAAAUGAAUGAGAGGAAGGAACGGACCUAUUAUAUCUCUCAGUCUUCGUUAAUGUACGUGUGAUAAAGUUCUUGGCUAAUUUGCGGUUAAUGAAAAUCAUUAAGCAAUGCUGAUAAUCGUCAUCAUCAUUGUCAUCAUAGUAUUGUAUACAUUCUGGCGCAUAAUAAAAUAACAAUUGUUCACGAUUUUUGAUCGAUGUUCUUUUUUUUUUUUAGAAAAUCCAUACAGAAUCUCGUGUUUUAGGCAUGGGCGUAUACUUGUACAUUCAUAACGUUUAGGUACUAUAAUAAAUAUUCAUGUGCCCAAUUCUUUGGUUUCGAGCUUCUAAUAAUAAAUGUACCCUAUCAGCAUCCUUCUCUCAUUUUUUUAAUUAGUCUUGCUAAAGCGAAUUAUUAUACCCGACUUGAUACAACUGGGCUCUUCAGAUUGUAAACUUACAUUCAAAAGGUCCUUUAAAAGCUAUCUUUCAUAAUCGGAAUUCGCAGCUAAUUAAUUACCUGUAAACGUUUAUAAGUCUGUUUUUUUUACUCGUAGAUCGUCUGUUUCACAGACCAAGUUUUGAAUUCGGUUGAAAGACCGGUCGAAUGUAUAAAAAAUGAUUCCCCCUGCCAAACCGUGCGUCUCUCAGUCGAACAGGAGGCGUUGUAAACUUCGCUUAAUAUAUAUCUAAGUAUCUUUUGGGUUUAAUUGCUUAAAGCAGUGUGUCUCAGAGAUACUUAGAACGCAAUUCACCAUAUUAAUAUACCUUUCGAUCAGCCUUGGGAUCCUUUCCCUUUG